CUCUGGGAGAAGCGUGUGUUAGCGGAGUGUCUUUGUUGUGUUGAGAAAGAGGUAAAAUGUGUAAAGUCCAGAUGCUGAGAGCGUUGGUGGAGCAGCGACUAACUGCGGCUGCUGAAGAGAUAUUUGGGCUGUUUGAAAGAACGAUAGCAGAGUACGAGGAGGAACUUUGUCGUUCAAAAGAGGAGAACGAGCGACAACGGGAGCUACUGGACGCUGUUUACAACCCUCAGCUUCGGCUACACAGAGCAGAUGUUCAGCAGCUGUCGGUGGUUAAAGAUUGGGUUCCCCCUGAGCAGCAGGAGUGUAGCUCCAGUGUGGACCAGCAGCAGCCAGAGCCCCCCCCACACAUUAAGAAGGAACUGUGGAGCAGUCAGGAGGGAGAGCAGCUUCAAGGGCUGGAGGAGGCUGAUAUCACCAAGCUCCCAAUCACUCCUGUCCCUGCGAAGAGUGAAGAUGAUGAAAAGAAAACUGAUGACAGUGCUGAUUGGAAGGAGACCAGAGAACCUCAGUCAGCUUUAAACUCUCUGAAACAUGAUUCAAGAUGUAAGAAAAAAUUCAGCUGCUCUGAGUGUGGGAAAAGAUUUGGCUUCAAGACACAUCUGAAGAAACAUGUGAGAAUCCACACAGGAGAAAAACCUUUCAGCUGCUCUGAGUGUGGUAAAGCUUUCACUGAAAGUGGACACCUGAAGAGACACAUGAUAACUCACACAGGAGAGAAGCCUUUUGGCUGCUCAGUCUGUAAGAAAUCUUUUACACAGAGUGGACAUUUACGGUCACACAUGGUAGUCCACACAGGAGAGAAAAGAUUCAGCUGCAGUGUUUGUAACAAAAGAUUUGCCGGGCAUUCUCGUGUCAAAAGACAUAAAUGUGUUGGUCAGAUGGAAACAAGCUGAUGGAGAGGACUGUGGAGGACCAGAACCAGCCAGGAACUCAAUCCAGAUCCUCUUUUACAACCAGAGACUGAAGACCAGACUGGAGACUCUUCUGAUCCUGAGAAUGAUGACA